CCUCUUGCAGCAAGAUGGCGGGGGGUGAGGUUGGAGUGACUCUCGGACAGCCACAUCUUUCCCGCCAGGAUCUCGCCACCUUGGAUGUUACCAACUUGACCCCACUGUCUCAGGAAGUUAUCAGCAGACAAGCCACAAUUAACAUAGGUACAAUUGGUCAUGUCGCUCAUGGAAAAUCUACAGUUGUAAAAGCUAUAUCUGGAGUUCACACUGUCAGAUUCAAAAAUGAACUGGAAAGAAAUAUUACAAUUAAGCUUGGAUAUGCUAAUGCCAAGAUUUAUAAACUUGAUGAUGCAAGUUGUCCUCGGCCAGAAUGCUAUAGAUCCUGUGGAAGUAGUACACCUGAUGAGUUUCCUACAGAUAUUCCAGGGACUAAAGGGAACUUCAAACUAGUCAGACAUGUUUCCUUUGUUGACUGUCCUUGCCAUGAUAUUUUGAUGGCUACUAUGCUGAAUGGUGCAGCAGUAAUGGAUGCAGCUCUUCUACUGAUAGCUGGCAAUGAAUCCUGUCCUCAACCUCAGACUUCUGAACAUCUGGCUGCCAUUGAAAUAAUGAAACUGAAACAUAUUUUGAUUCUGCAAAAUAAAAAUUUGGUAAAAGAGAGUCAGGCUAAAGAACAGUAUGAACAGAUACUUGCAUUUGUACAAGGUACAGUAGCAGAAGGAGCACCUAUUAUUCCAAUUUCUGCUCAGCUGAAAUAUAAUAUUGAAGUUGUCUGUGAGUAUAUUGUAAAGAAAAUUCCAGUACCUCUAAGAGACUUUACUUCAGAACCCCGCCCUAUUGUUAUUAGGUCUUUUGAUGUCAACAAACCUGGGUGUGAGGUUGAUGACCUUAAAGGUGGUAUAGCUGGUGGCAGUAUUUUAAAGGGAGUAUUAAAGGUGGGCCAAGAAAUAGAAGUCAGACCUGGUAUUGUUUCCAAAGAUAGUGAUGGAAAGCUCAUGUGUAAACCAAUCUUUUCCAAAAUUGUAUCACUUUUUGCAGAACAAAAUGAUCUUCGGUAUGCUGCUCCAGGGGGUCUUAUUGGAGUUGGAACACAAAUUGACCCCACCUUGUGCCGGGCUGACAGAAUGGUAGGACAGGUGCUUGGUGCAGUUGGAGCUUUACCAGAGAUCCUCACAGAAUUGGAAAUAUCCUAUUUCCUACUUAGAUGGCUUCUAGGUGUAUGCAAAGAAGGCAACAAAAAAGCAGCAAAGGUCCAAAAGCUCUCUAAAAAUGAAGUGCUUAUGGUGAACAUUGGUUCCCUGUCAACAGUUAGUGCAGUCAAGGCUGAUUUGGGUAAAAUAGUUCUCACUAAUCCUGUGUGCACAGAAGUGGGAGAAAAAAUUGCCCUUAGCUGAAGAGUUGAGAAACACUGGCGUUUAAUUGGUUGGGGUCAAAUAAGAAGAGGAGUAACUAUUAAGCCAACAGUUGAAGAUGAUUGAAGAAUAUUAUUUACAUAAUACGUCUGGAUGAAGUUAUAGUUUCUGUUAACAAC